UUAAAUUUAGCGUUUAAAAAAGCUGUUAUUUUUAAGCAAUGUCAUUCAAAGAAAAUGAACAGAGAACGGAUAAAAAAAUACGGUCACCACUACAACUCCUUAUUCCCCCAACCAAAAAAAGGUACUAAUUUGCAAGCACGGUCGCUUGCGAUUGGUCAGUGGUUGGUCAGAUGGUAUGGUAUUUCUCUGUCCCGCACUGGCACAUAGCCACCCAGCAACCCCCCCUCACCUAAAACCCAAUCUCCGAUAAACUACUAAUAGCUAAACCGCUUGGACUAUAAAACACAACAAAUCAUAAACCAAGGAAAAGAACCGUGCCCUCCCAAUGAGUUCCUAUUUUGUAAAUUCUACUUUCCCGGUGGCUCUGCCCGGAGGACAAGAGUCAUUUUUGGGACAGAUACCCUUAUACUCCUCCGGAUACACAGACCCUUUACGACACUAUCCCGGUGCUGCUUAUGGAACUAGCAGUGUCCAGGAGAAGGCAUACCACUCUUCCUUUUACCAGCAGACGAAUGGUGCCUACGGCAGGGCGACCACCAUCGGUUCCUGCGAUUACGCGGCAGCAAGCUUUUGCAGAGAAAAGGACAACGCCUGUGCCCUCCCUAGCAUAGAAGAACACUCUCUUGUCCACAAUCAGGAGCACAGAAAAACAGAUUGCACAGAAUCGCUUGGGAAAAGCAUCUAUACCGAGGGCGAUGAACAGAAGCCGUCAGUGCCAGUAUACCCAUGGAUGCAAAGAAUGAACUCGUGCAGUGGGACCUUCAGUAACCCUGGUCGGAGGGGUCGUCAGACAUACACCCGUUACCAGACGCUGGAGUUGGAGAAAGAGUUUCAUUUUAACAGGUAUCUUACCCGCAGGCGCCGUAUUGAGAUCGCACACGCUCUCUGCCUGACUGAACGCCAGAUCAAGAUUUGGUUUCAAAACAGGCGGAUGAAGUGGAAAAAGGAGAACAAAUUAAUCAACUCAUCACAAACCAGUGGCGAGGAGAAAGACGAGAAGAGGACAGAAUGAAAUUAUUGCAAAGAGCAGCAGACACCUCAAUAACUCAUCAGAAGGAAAAACUCUCCAUGCACAUAGAUUUGCUUCGUUGAAGUUGUAUUGGUAAAUUCGUUGUAGCAUUCCACUUAUACAUUUCAUUUUAUUUUGUUUAACUCUUACACAAUGUCUCUAAUUAAUGUCUUUUAUGUGCUAAAUAUGAUUUAGUUUUUUUCUUCUUGCAUUUAAAACGGAUAUGUGUAACACAUUUUAAAUGUUACAUUCGUACUCAUAUUUAAGCUGUAAUAAAAUUAAAUAAAAUCUGAUUGUACGAAAUGACACAUUUUAAUUACGGUGAUUAAAUGUGUAAGGUGUUUACUGAAUUUAUGGAAAAUAUAGGACUGAAGCUUUCAUUUUCUUUUCUAAACUAAGAAGCCGGGUGUUCAUGUUUAUAGUCUAUUGAUUUUGUAUGUGGAUUCCAAUUGUUGUAAUAUUUAUCAGGAGAAACAAUUAAAUAAACAAGGAAAGA